AUGAGCGCACCUGAAAACCACUGCCGCUUUCACCAGGACGUGGACAAAUUCUUUGAUGAACUCCGCGAACGAACGCUGAGGGAUCACCCCGAAAACCUGUGCGAAUACUUGCUGGAAACUGCCAGAAAGGUCGCUUCGGAGCUGAAGGAGAAGUCCUGUGAACGCAUCCCCGAUGCUGUUGCCCCCGGAACUGAAAAGUCGGGCCCUCAGCAUCGUUUUUGCGCCUGGGGCAAGUGGGGACUUGGACAACAGGAAGACAUUUCCAGCUCCUUUUUUUUCUGUUGUACUGCAGCGGUGCGCUGCCCCUGCACGUCAACCUUCUCGGCUGUGCUCGUUCCAAGCUUGAGGAUGUGGACAAGUGGAAAAGAACAACGCUUGCGAGUUGCUUCUCAGUGUUGUAUGAACUUUGCUGUUACGUGGAUGCCUUUUUGA